ACCAGCAGUUGAGUAUCUGAAGUGUUUGACCAAGGAGGGGAGAAGAGUGCUACUGGUUUUUUGUGUCAUAAGGGAGCACCCGUGAGUCACUCACUGGAUUUUCAUCUUCAUCUUCUCUUUAAGAGAGAACAUUUUUUAAAGCCAUUCGAAAGGUCGGUUUUGGCAAGGAAUGGUGGUUGCUCUCUAUUUGAGUAACCUCUGAGAUAACUUAUUUUUUACUUUGUUUUGGAAUUUAUUGUUUCAAAUAUGCUUCACAACAGUAGAGACAGAGUCUUAAGCUUCCUCAUACCUUUAGUUCUAAUUGCUGCUGCCACUUGGUUGCCAACAAAAGGCCGUGUUAUUCAGAAAAGAGCUGCUUUUUAUAUUGCAAAUGAAACAAUGUGCAUAGUGGACGGAGAGGUGUACAGAAAUGGAGAUCCAGUUCCGACAGACGAUCAGUGUGAGCGGUGUACCUGUCGGCCCCCCGGUUUCUCAUGUGUUCUCAGGGACUGUGACACAAAACCAGGAUGCAAAGCUCUGAGAAGGGAGGGGGAGUGUUGUCCAGAAUACAUCUGUGGAUGCGUCCACAAUCAUCGAGUGUACGAAGAUGGUGAAGUGAUCAGAGAUCUACAGAAUGCAUGUUAUACAUGCACAUGCCACGGGAGUUCCAUAUCAUGCACAUUUGCGGACUGCAACUUCCGCUCUGAUUGUGUACCAGAAUAUAUGGCAGGAGAAUGUUGUCCCAAAUAUGACCACUGUCCGCCUCUUAGUACGGCGUCUUCAACUACUAUUUCAAUUACUCAUCGUCCAAUUAUACAGCAGGAAGAACUUGAUUUCAUAAAUAUGACAACCCUACACCUCGAAAAAUUUACCAGUGAUGGUACCACUGUAACCAUAGAAAAGAUUAGUCCUUCAACCGUGAGUAUGACAACGCCAUCUGGAGAUUUUGAAACUGAACGCGUCACAUUUACGGUUGAUUUCACUCUAUCUGAAGGAAAGGGAUCCAGUAUUUUAGAUUACGAUACUUCUGUUCUAACUACUUUAAUACCUCCUCAAAGUGUUCCAUUUACGGAAACUACGAAGUACUUUGCUAAGUUGUCAACUGUGGUAGAAACUUCUUCGAAAGCGACAGACGACAUCGAGAGUGGAUCCACUCAGGCCAUGCUUACAGGUACUGAAUCAACCACAGCACCAACUGAGGUUGUAUUUAAAGAAAUAGAACUUAUUACGAAGGAUGAACAAGAUUAUUCAGUCUCAAGUACAGAUAUUAUUAAUGCCGAUACUCAGAAAACAGCUGAAACAUCUUCAAAUACUGAAUUUGAAACCGAAACAGUGAAACCAACUAGUACUGUAAGUUUAUUUUCAGAAGGUGGAGAAUCAAACUAUUCUACUGCAGAAGAAGUAAAAUUUGAACUUCAAACUUCUGAGCAACCCACAAUAUCUUACUCUGAAACUAUCAUUAUGGAUGAUAAAGAACAUAAUUCAAGUGAUACUGUCCAAGAAUCGACUCUCGACACUGUGUCGGAAGCGAGUUUCGUUAGCACUACUUCAUCAACUGAUACGAAAGAUUUGACUUCCUCAGUUUCAUGGAUUGGAAUAUCAACUGAAACAGUUACAGAUAACUCAACGAUUAUUGACUUCAAUUUCGUAGUCGAGAAUAAAUCAAAUACUGUUGCUGAUUUUGGAGAUCAAACAACACAGUUCACAGAACUUGCUUCAAAUAAUAACGAUAUUUCAUCAAGUCUGUUUGAAAACCAAAACGAAAUAGGCAAUGAAACAACAACUUCGACUUUUACGCAAACAGAAUUUUCAUUUGGAGAAGAAUUCAAUUCUACAGCACCUUCAACCAUCAAAACUGAAGAAAUUCAGGACAGUGAUGUAACAGAAUCAGUUCAAUACGAUAAAGAUGGCCUAACUUCAGAUAUAAAGGGUCUUCCAACAGAAAGUUCAAAUGAAGUUGAAAUUACUUCACAAUCUGAACCUGUUCUCUUUUCAAACACUACGGAGAGUACACCAGACGAUUCCGACACUUCCACAUCAACUUUCUUGCUUUCAAGAGGAACAUCAGAUAAACCUUUUGUGGGAGAUGAGCUUACAACUUCCAUAAGCAUUGAGAAAGAUAAAUCCGGUGUAUUUGAAAUUAAUCUCCUAGAAUCUCUUAACAAUACUCUGGAAUUUUCUCAAAAUAAUAAAACAUUGACUGUUGAUGACUAUGAGAGGUAUUCAUAUGAAAACUCUUCCACGUCUGAUGCUCAUAUAAAUUACUCAGGCGAGGGAGGGGAAUAUGAAACAACAGGUGACUCAAAUAUAGAAGGUACAAAAAUGUCUGUAGUCAGUACUACUAGCUCAAAGUAUGAAGAUUUGCUCGUAAAUGAUACCAAUGACAAUACAAAUGUAUCUCGCUUCGAAGGGGUAUUGACAACAUUAGUUGAGAUUAUAACUGAAGGAUUAGUAGAAUCUCAAGAAGCAGAAAGUUAUCCAACAGAAGAUUCAGAUAACUCAAGCAUAUCAACUGAAUUAACGGAAACUACUUCCUCAAGUUCACCACCCGAGCAACUCGAGUUAGUCGCUGUUUCCGAACAAUUAGAUUUGGAAAGUUUCUCUCAAGUGGAAAAUCUAACAGGCGUUCAAGACGUAACAGCUUCUUCAAUUGGAUCUCUGGUAAAUGAAAGCGAUUUUGCCAAUAGCAUUUUUGACCAUGAAGAAUUAGAUACAUUGGAAAAUAAAGAGAAUGUUAGCAUCUUUACACAACAAAUAAGUGAAGACGCAUCAACAAUAUUAACUUUACAACCUUUACAGUUCUCUACAGAAAUAAUCGGCAAACACUUUCUUCAAUAUCAAACUACGCAUCCAGAUAGUGAAAUGACUUUUAUGCCUUCAUCACUUUUGACAGAAGACACUGUUUUAGAUAAUGAUAUUUCCACAUUUGAGACAAUUAAGGAGAAAGAAAUCAGUACGGAAAAUCAUAGUACUGUUUCAGGAAACGUUUUUGAAAAUUACACAUUCAAUCUACAAAGUUUUUAUGAAAGCAAUGUCAGUAAUACCAAACAAAGUAGUAAAGUUUCCGAAUCGUCAUAUCAAAGUACAGGAGGAAUUACAGCACCAUCAACGGUAAUUAUUGUUGCAAAUAACGAUACUAUUCUGUUUUCUUCUGAGAUAAAUAAAUCAGAAACAGAUUCUCAUUCGGAGGAUUAUAAUGUAUUAGAUGCAGAAGAAAUCAUUUCCUCGAGUGAAACCAAUACAUCAAAUCCGGUCUCCGACGACGAUUUGGAUUUUGGUGAAUUGGAUUCAGAAGUUAACACUCAGCGGGUUGACAUAAAUGAAACAACAAUGCAGGAAUCACUCUUUACUCAAGUAUCGCCCAAUGAUACUUACUCAACGAAUACAUUUUCGGUUGUUGACCCAACCACAAGUGCAACAGUCAUUACGACGGAAAACUCACAAUUUACUGAGGAGGAUACAAUUCAACUUGAAGAAACAACGUCUUCUGAUUUGCAGACUAUUAACUUAUCUGAAUUGAAUAGCGAUUUAAGUAACAUAGAAGUUUUUCAAAAUCAGAACGAAUCAGAAAACAUAUUUUCAAAUGAGACGGAUAUAAAUAAAAUAGAGCAUAUAGCUUCGGAAGGGGUAGAAAAUUUAGUGAGUCAUAGCAAUUCAAGUAACAUAGAAGUUUUUCAAAAUCAGAAUAAAUCAGAAAACACAUUUUCAAAUGAGACGGAUAAAAAAGAGGAUAUCGCUUUGGAAGGGGUAGAAAAUUUAGUGAGCGAUUCAACAUCCUUUGAGAACAAAGGAACCACAACAGAAAGCUCGGCGCAUCCUGUGGAUGAAGACAUCAAAUCAACAUAUUCAGAAUUUAGUGAGACAGAAGAAAGCAUCCAACCUACAUCAACUAAUAUUUUGGUUUCCAACACUGAGUACAGUCUUAUUACAGAAAAAAUUCUUGGGGAAAUAAAUGAAGGAAUUCAUAGCGAUUCAUUGGAAGGAAUUGAGAAAAAUGAGUCAAUUGAAUCACAGAAAACUGAUUCCGGAAGCAAUUUAGAAGAAAACAUUGGAACAGAAGCUAACACAAUCGAAACAGAUUUUCCAAAAACAUUCUCUCAAACAACUAACUCCGAAAUCAUGACUCUUAAUGAUAUUAAAACUUCAACAAAAAAUAAAAUUACUGAAGGGUUAGAAAAGAAUGCGGCGAGCCAUUUGUUCGAAAUUUCCAAGCCCGCAGAGGAGAAAAUCAAUGAAAAGCAUCUCAUAGACAGCUUUAUAAUAACUGAUUCUCCAACUGUAAGUUUCGAUAUAAUAAAUGAAAAUUCUUCAACCACUUUAGAUACAGACAUUUUACCUACCAAAGUAACUCACAAUGAAUCCCAGACGUCUCUUGAAACUGCCGAAAAUUCUAAAACUAUCAGUGUCUAUGAGGCUUUUGGUUAUUUAGGAGGAUUAUCUAUAACAGGGAAAAGUAAGUAUCUUCCUAAAACACAUAAUAAUCUCAACGAAGAGUUAAGCUCAACCGAAAUAAUUGAAAAGCAAAAAAACGAUACGCUUGAAAAUGACACUAGAAUUAGUUAUACUGAAGAUAUAGUCGAAUUGGACAGCGAAAUUCAAAAUAAGACAUGGAUGGAAUCGCAGAGCUCUUUGGUCCCAGAGCCUUCCAAUGAAGAUGACGUACACGAACAAAGCUUUAAUUAUGAAGAAACAUUGCAUAACGGCUACUUUGUUAAUACAAUCGAUACUACAGAAACACAUAUUAAUACUGAAAAAGAAGUUAGCCAAGAACUAUCUGAUAAAACAACAACAGAGACUCAAAAUUAUUCAGCGUUAAAUGAAUCGUCGGAAAUUAACAAUGAGACUUUAGAAAGACAGCAAAUUAUGAUUGGUCACGAAAAUGAAACUGAAUCAAUUCAAUCUACGGUGACCGAUAUACCAACUAAAACAUCUGAAAAGCUAAAAACUGAAACCAAUUCAGAUAGCAUUUCAUCAACGAAGGAAAAUGUUUUUGAGACAAACGGAGAAACUUUAUCACCGCAAUCUUCAAAUCUGAGAGCGAGAUCUAGAGACGAUGAUCCUUUGGCUGAUAUCGAAUACAUUGGAAAGCCUAAAAAGCCAAUCAUAUACUCAACAACUCUUUCGACCCAGUUUCAAAUAAAUUCAAAGAAAAAUGCUACCAACUCUUCGCUUAUGAAUGAAACUUCUUCUGAAACUAAUCAAAGUUCUUCUUCGAUGCAAUUGAGCAAAUCAGAAUUAAUACCUGGUGUUGACAUUAUACUUCCUUCUGAUUCAGUCACUUUUCCAUCGGAAAGGAAAACUGCAUUGGGGGCUAGAGGAUCAGGAAAUAUACACCCGUAUUUUGAUCUCGUCUCAAAUGUUUUCAAAGCUCCUGGUUAUGACUCUGAAUUACAUUCACAAAAUUUAAGACAUGGGUACUCAAGAAAUAAGGCAUACACAACAUCACGUGUUAAACGUGAGGAUUUACUAUUUGACUCCUCAUCAGAAAAAAACAGGUCACAAAUACGCUUUCCAAAUAAAAAUGUUGUUAGUCCGUUAGUGACGUCUUCCGUCAUCACGGUGAUGCAACCGGGGAAAAUGCCCUCCAAAAAGCAAGCAAAUUCUUCAAAAGGAAAUUCGGGAACGCGAUAGAAGAUUUAGGAUUAAAUACAAUUUCAUUCCAUUCAUUCGGUUGAAACUCAUUUCAAGGUCUCCUCAUCAUUUGUUUGUAAGAACUAUUCAAGACACUUUUCUCGGCUAUAAUAGUUCAUAGAAUUCUCAAAAAUAAUGAAAUUAAUUUUUAAAAUCAAAAUUGUAAUGAUCUGCAAUAUUUAACUUUUUCUUCCAUUUAGAAACGUGAUAUUUAUAAAUGAAAAGAAUCAAAGGUAUUACUUUUUAUUUAAUUUCGUCUUUAACUCCUCUACAUUUUGUGAAGCUUUCAUUGUUUGGCGAAUUGUUUUUUCAUCUUUGGGUCUGUCAUGGGAUAAGGAGAUAAUCAUUUAUUUAUUAUAUUUCACUUAUUUAUUUGUCAUUUCCUUAAGUUUAGGAUACUAUGCACAAUUUUCAUAUUAAAAAUUUGAAUUAAUUUAUUUUAAAUCGUACUUUGAGGGUUCUUAAAUUUUACAGUUUAUUUUAAGUGAUUAUUAAUUGAUAAAUUUUAAUUAAUUGUAAAUUUAUUCAUUUUAAUAGAUAAUUAUUUGAUUCAUUUUAGUGAAACUGACUUAAUUUUGUUUGAUUUUUUUAUUACUUUCUUGAAUGUCCUUUUCUGACAACUCCUGUUUCAUUCAAAAGUUCAUUACAUGAUUUUCAUUAUUAACUAAGUGUAAGGAGUCCCUAAAGUAAGGCUGCUUUUUUUUACAAGUUUUAGAAAACUCGAAAUAAUGAUUUCAUAUUACCUAUAUCAUUAUCCAUUUGAUAUAUAUAUAUGGGUAAU